AUGAAAAAGUCUUCAACAGUCGUUGCUGCCAAAAGCACUUCAAAAAACAAGCGAUCGGAAUCACCUUCACAUUCACCACCCACUUCCUCCUCCUCACAACAACAACAACAACAUCGUGAUGAUUAUGUUUCACCCGUCGGAAUGGAAAAACGAAAAAGAGGGAAAGAAGAAAUUUCUUCUUCAGAAGGUCGUGGAAAAGAAAGAAAUAUUCAUGAAAGAAAAAAGAAGAAGAGAAAAAGUUCGAGAAGUGGCAGUGCAAAAGAAAUAGGACAUGUCAUUAAGUUUUGUGUUUCAAUUCCACAAGAUAUGGAUGAUAGUGCACGACUGGUAUCUUUAAACGAAAUUUUGUUAAAACAUGCAGAGCGAUAUUGCAAAACUCCUAUCCAAAAAGAAACACUUGAUGAAAUUAAGCGAGAAUAUUUAACAAACACUCUUCCAAAACUGAUUGAGAAAUAUUAUGGUACACGUGUGAUACCAGACCCCAUUAAUCAAGUAAAUAGGAAAAAGCAACAAUUUUAUGAUAAAACAAUAUCACAACUAGAGAAUGAACUGCAAUUUUGGGAUAAAAUUGCAUCCACUCUAGAGCAAGAUUCUGAUAUGGCGAACAAGAUUUCAACAAUCAAAAUGGAGUCAUUCCAGCCUAAUGUUGACCAAACAACCUCAGAAAUGCUUUCAACGCUUACAAAAUUACUCAAUGGGUGUAUUGAAUCAACAGUUGUCCUUAAUGAUCAUCUGAACAUGUUUAUUGAGGAAAUAUUGCAAACCAAGAGAGAUGCCAAUAAUCUCCAACAAAAGGUAUUCCACAAGAUGAAAGAACAACGAAAGCCAGCAUCGAGUGAUUCAAAAACAGCAACAAAUGAUGCUUUGGUUUCGAACAUUAUAAACAAGAAUAAGAACACGAGAACAGAAAAGAAAGAUCAAGCCAAUGCUCUAGAUCCUAAAACAAUUAUUGGAGAAAAGGACUUUAAAUAG